UUAUGCAUCUUUAGUUUUUAAUUUCUGGUACCUUCCAGGUUCCAACGGUUCGAGGCUUCGAGUUCUCAACCGCAAGCUUCCAAAUUAAUGGUUUAACGGUAACUUAGUGAAAAUGUUGCCAACCGAAAUUAGCAACCAAUCACAAAAAAAUCCUAAAAAACAUUUUCAGAUCCAAAAAAAUAUUGGAGCUAUCAUCCAGCAGCUAUGGCAUCGGAAACCGAUCGUCUUCUCCGGCAUUCUUUCACUUCCGAGGCAGACUACAUGGCGGAAGAUGCGCACGCAGCGACGCCCUUCCUUUCUGGGUUUUUGAGCUAUCCUAUUGCUAAUACCAAUACAUCAAGCCACAAGAGGCGUCGCAUGCUCACCAAGAAACAAGCCUCCGCCGAGCCUCCGCCUCACCGGCAGCAGUCGUUCAGCCACGACAUUGGCCACGCUGCCAAAGAGACUUACUUGAUUACUAGCCUCAGCUUCACGCUCCUUCAAUGCCUCGGGCUAGGCUAUCUGUGGAUCACAAAGUUACUUGCUCUUGGUUGCUAUGCUAUGUUACUUAUGCCCGGAUUUCUUCAAGUUGCUAUAUGGUAUUUCUUUUCAAGCCAGGUCCGGCGUAGUAUUGUGUAUGGAGAUCAACCAAGAAAUAGGUUGGAUCUAUAUUUACCUGCAAAUAGUGAUGGAAAAAAACCGGUAGUAGUAUUUGUAACUGGUGGGGCCUGGAUUAUUGGGUAUAAAGCUUGGGGUUCUCUUUUAGGUCUGCAAUUGGCAGAAAGAGAUAUCAUCGUGGCAUGCGUUGAUUACAGAAACUUUCCCCAGGGUACCAUCAGUGAUAUGGUGAAAGAUGCUUCUCUGGGGAUCUCAUAUGUCUUCAACAAUAUAGCAGAUUAUGGAGGUGACCCUAACAGAAUCUAUCUAAUGGGACAAUCUGCUGGUGCACAUAUUUCUGCUUGUGCUCUCUUGGAUCAAGCAAUCAAAGAAUCCAAGGGAGAAAGCAUUUCUUGGAGCGUCUCCCGGAUAAAGGCUUAUUUUGGUUUAUCCGGCGGGUACAAUUUGUCCAAUUUAGUUGACCAUUUUGAUAGUCGUGGACUAUAUCGUUCCAUCUUUUUGAGCAUUAUGGAAGGUGAAGAAUCCUUGCAUCAAUUUUCUCCUGAAGUUAAAGUAAAGGACCCAAGCAAUAGGAGUGCCGUUUCUCUCUUGCCUCCUAUCACUCUUUUCCAUGGAACUGAUGAUUAUUCGAUACCAUCAGACGCUAGUAAAGUUUUCGUAGACGUGCUUCAAAAGGCAGGAGCUCGAGCUGACUUAAUACUAUAUGAUGGAAAGACUCAUACAGAUUUGUUUCUUCAAGAUCCUCUGAGAGGUGGUAAAGACGAACUGUUUGACCAUCUAGUUUCCGUGAUACAUGCUGGUGAUAAAGACGCUCUUGAGCAAGAUGCUAUGGCACCUCCGAGAAGGCGGCUUGUUCCAGAGCUCUUGUUGAAGUUGGCACGCAGCAUCAGCCCCUUUUAGGCCUUGUACACUUGUCAGUGUUGAUCACCAAUUAUCUCCAUGCGAAGGAGAGGCUUCAAUUUGCUCGCGGGGAUCUAUUUUUCAAAACACAUUACGACAUAUUCACUUCGAUGAGGUUGCUCCUUAGUAAUCCAAGAGUUGAAUAUAUGACAAACAAAGACUGGUAGCCUCAGAUAUAUAGAGAUGUCUCUCCUUGGAAUCCAAUUGUUUUAAAUGAUGGGAAGAAUAUGCUUUUGUUGUCCGUUAACGUAGACUUCAACGCCAAAACACGCAGAUCAGCGGCCUUUACUUGGUUUUUGUAUUGAACAUAAUCCUUUUGUUGUUCACAAAACACUUGUUGCCAUUCGUCGUUGUUUUAGGCAGAAUUGUAAGCUUGUCUCUCGUUUUAACAUCUUGUUUGCCUUUCA